UCACAAACAUUCUGCCACUACCAUUACGAAUGCUGAGCUGAAGAAAACGAAAAUUUUCAAUUUUCAAUUCUUUUCGUCGCAUUUUUAAAUUUUUAAUUAAUAUCUUUUUUCUUUAAACAUACACGCUUUUGCAUUUCUUACUGGGAGAAUCUACUUUUUAUUAUAAUCUAGUAAAAAGGCAUCAUUAAAAAGUGACCUCCUUUUAGUGGACUGUGGUUUUAUUGCUUUUGUAUUCUUUAUUUUUUUUUUGUUUCUUUGAAAAAAUCAUCUAUUUGCCUCUUCGGAUGCAUAAUAUUUAAAACACACAUUUACUGGGCUCGUUUUCAUUAUAUUUACAGGAAUCUUUCCCUUUUCUUUUAGACAUAGUUUCUUUUUUGUUUUGGUAUCAAACUAAAUCUUUACUAAAGAAUCGAUUGACUACCAAUUUUUCACAAAUGACUCAACCAAACGUGAAUAAGCUUUCUACUGACGGACGUGUUCGUUUUUACAACUGGGCAAAAACGUUCACAAAUAUUUCUGUUGGAUUUUAUACCCCUAAAAACGAAGAUCAACUACGGGAUAUCCUAGUCGAAGCCAACACAAAACGUAAACAUGUACGUGUUGUUGGUGCAGGUCAUUCGCCAUCUGAUAUCGUUUGUAGUACUGGAUAUCUCAUUUCUUUGGAUAAAAUGAACAAAAUGGUUUCAUUCGAUCCUGAAAGCCAAACUGUCACAGUUCAAGCUGGUACUCGCUACGAUCAAUUACAGAGAGUCCUUGAAAAACUAGGCUAUUCAUUACCUAUUGUAGGUAGUAUUUCUGGUACUUCUGUUGCCGGUAUCAUGUCUACUUGCACUCAUGGCUCUAGUCUUCAGCAUCAGGUCCUUCCUGGUUAUAUCGAAUCUCUUCGUUUGAUGUUAGCAGACGGAUCAAUCGUUACAUGCUCCCGUACACGUCAAAAAGACGUCUUUUCAGCGGCUCAAGUCAGUCUUGGUGCCUUAGGUGUCGUGAUUGAUUUAACUUUACGCGUGGUACCCGCUUUCGACUUAAUUGCUACCGAAUCCAGUAUACCCAUAUCAACAUUGUUUGAAAAGUGGAAGGCAAAUGAAAUUUGGCAAGCUGCGGAAUUUGUACGGGUUCACGUCUUUCCAUAUGCCAACCGUGCUGUGGUCUGGAGUGCAAACAAAGUUAUCCCCGGUAGCGUUCCUCAUACUUCCAGACCGUCUAGUUUCCAACUAAAAUUCACCUCCUUUAUUUACGAAAAUUUACUUUAUAUUGGUAAUUUAUUUCCACGCUUUAUGCCUACUAUACAACGCCUUGCUUAUCACUUUUUCUAUGGAUGGAGGACUGGUCGUCUUUCCACUAUUGUUGGACCCGGAUUCGAUAUUAUGCAAAUGUUUUGUUUCUUCUCGCAGCACGUCACUGAGUAUUCUGUUCCUUUAGACACAGCUUCGGACGCUUUGGAAAAAGUUAUCAAUUAUACAAUUGGACCCGCCCUUGAACAGAAUAUUUACACUCACCAGCCCUUGGAAGUUCGAGUAGCUGCUCCUACUCCCGAAGAUGAGUGCUGGCUUUCUACUGCUUCUAAAGUUCCUACUUGCUUUAUAGAAUGCAUUAUGUACCGUCCUUAUCAUCGCAAUGUUAAGUAUGAAUCCUAUUUUAAUGCUUUUGAAGAAAUUAUGUGUGAAUACAAUGGUAAACCUCAUUGGGCCAAGGAAUUCAACUUGAAUAAGAAGCAGCUUUUAGAAUUGCACCCUAAUAUCUCAAAAUGGUUGAACCUUAGAAAUCUAAUGGAUCCGAACCGCGUUUUCUGGAACAAUUACAUGCGCCGUCAUUUCUCUUAAAACAAUGACUUUGUACGAACUCCGGGAACUAUAUUUUAAAGUUGUAUCUUAUAGAAGCAGCAAUAUUAAUUUUAAAUUUUGAUUCCUAUUUUACGAACGAUCACGCUUGUCAGUGUAUGUAUCUUAUGUCUAAUUAAUGGUAGAAUAGUAUGUAGCUAAUUAGGUUGGAACAAUUAAAACACCCAUACUAUGUAA